GUCCCUCCUACAACAUUUGGGUUUAAAUUUCUGCCUAGAGAAGACCCACAGAUUCUGCUUCCUGUUCAUCAAACGUGGCCGUCCUAAAUAGCAGCACCGACCUGAGAGCUAAUCAUGUCACUGAACCAGCUUCAUAGUUGGCUGAAUGCUGCGGUCUUUGGGCUCCUGCUCCUCCUCCUCCAUGUUCAGGGUCAGGACUCAUCAGAGGCCAACCCCAUCAGAAGCACACAAACAGGCCAGGUCCGAGGCAGCCUCAUCCAAGUCAAUGAUGCCAAAGUUGGUGUCUACAGCUUCCUGGGGAUUCCCUUUGCCAAGCCACCUGUAGGGCAACUGCGCUUUGCACCCCCUGAAGCUCCUGAGCCGUGGAGUGGUGUGAGAGAUGGGACCUCACAUCCAGCCAUUUGUCUGCAAAACCUUGAAAUGAUGAAAUCAGAGGGCCUGAAGGAUAUGAACCUGCCCCUGCCCACAUUCUCUAUGUCUGAGGACUGCCUGUAUCUCAACAUCUACACACCAGCUCAUGCCCAUGAGGGCUCUAACCUGCCUGUGAUGGUAUGGAUCCAUGGUGGUGCUCUGGUUGUAGGAAUGGCCUCCAUCUAUGAUGGAUCCACGCUGACAGCCAUUGAGGAUGUGGUGGUGGUCACUAUCCAGUACCGUCUGGGUGUCCUGGGCUUCUUCAGCACUGGAGACCAGCAUGCCAGAGGCAACUGGGGCUACCUGGACCAAGUGGCUGCCCUGCGCUGGGUCCAGCAGAACAUUGCCCACUUUGGAGGCAACCCUGACCUUGUCACCAUCUUUGGCGAGUCAGCAGGUGGUGCAAGUGUGUCUUCACUUGUUGUGUCCCCCAUGUCCAAAGGACUCUUCCACAGAGCCAUCAUGCAGAGUGGAGUAGCCCUGCUUCCUGACCUCAUCUCUGACACCCACGAGAGGGUCUACACUACGGUGGCCAACCUGUCUGGAUGUGAGACCAUGGACUCAGAGGGUCUGGUGCGCUGUCUGAGAGGCAAGAGUGAAGCAGAUAUUCUGGUCAUUAAUAAGGUCUUCAAGAUCAUCCCUGCUGUGGUGGAUGGAGUAUUCCUACCCAGGCAUCCCCAAGAGUUGUUGGCUUCUGUGGGUUUUCACCCUGUCCCCAGCAUCAUUGGUGUUAACAAUGAUGAGUAUGGUUUGAUCAUCCCCAUGGUCAUGGGCUCUGCUAAGACAAUAAAGGAAAUAACAAGGGAGAACCUGCAGGCUGUUCUGAAGAAUACAGCAGCACAAAUGAUGCUGCCUCCUGAGUGUAGUGACCUGCUAAUGGAAGAGUACAUGGGGGACACUGAGGAUCCCCAAGCUCUCCAAAUACAGUUCACAGAGAUGAUGGGAGACUUCAUGUUUGUGAUCCCUGCACUCCAAGUAGCACAUUUUCAACGUUCCCAUGCCCCUGUCUACUUCUAUGAGUUCCAACAUCAGCCCAGCUUUGUAAAGGAUGUCAGGCCACCCCAUGUGAAAGCUGACCAUGGUGAUGAGGUUCUUUUUGUCUUUGGGGCCUUCUCCUUCGGCAUGAAACGAGACCUCACUGAGGAGGAAGAGCUACUGAACAGGAGGAUGAUGAAGUACUGGGCCAACUUUGCAAGACAUGGGAACCCCAACAGUGAGGAUCUACCCUACUGGCCCAUGUUGGAUCAUGAAGAGCAGUACCUGCAGCUGAACAUCCAGCCUGCUGUGGGCCGAGCCCUGAAGGCCAGAAGGCUGCACUUCUGGACCCAGACUCUGCCCCAGAAGAUCCGAGAGCUACAGGGAGCCCAGGACAAGCAUACAGAGCUCUAGUGCCCUGUGUGAGGAAUGGGAUGAAGACUCCUUCCGGUCUUCCUUAAGCUCUCGUCCUCGCUGUCCUCUUCUCUAAGACCAAAAGAGUCUUUAAGUGAAGCAGAAACAUUGGAAAAUAUGGAUUCUUAGGAGAACCCAUAUCUAUAUGUAGGAAGUUAAGGCCUACCAGGCCAAAAGGAGCCAAUCUGGAGUCCAUCUGUGCCUAGCCAAUAAGGAGCUACUAAGCAGUGUUUCCUGAGUGCCUAGCAACAGGCACUCUCAGAGGUCCUGACUGUGCCUAGCAAAUGAGAGAUGAGAAUGAAAUAUUAACUGUCAAUGGAUCAGAAUGCUUGAGUGCUGGGAAGGUAUUUACGUUGUUCUCUGCUGUUAAAUAAAUGAGUCUGCUGUGAGCUCUCUACCUGA